AGUCCGAAGGAGAUGUGCCGGCGUGGAGGGGGAGGGGGGCGAUUUUACCAGUAACCUUCCCUGCCACACAGCCUGGGCACCUUAAUCUCACCUGCAAGCCCCUCUGGGCAGGCACCAGCUGUCUGGCUCAAGGGACUGCCUCCCUCCCUGCAGCCACAUUCCUUGUGAGUCUCUUCGCAUGCUCACUGAGAUUCGAAGAGGUGAGGGGCUGAUGGCUCAGUCUGUCUUCCUACCCCCAUGCAGAAUCGGAUGAGGGAGAGCCUGGCCCUGUUCAGAACCAUUCUGGAGCUGCCCUGGUUCCAGAACGUCUCUGUGAUCCUCUUCCUAAACAAAACCGACCUCCUGGAGGACAAGAUCGCUGACUCGGACCUUGCCACUUACUUCCCUAGCUUCUCAGUGCUGCUAGGUACAAGUGUCACUCGCCCCGCACAAGCAGCCCUAACUGCUACCUCUGCCAGGACCUCAUGCUGAGAAGUAGCAUAGGGUACAGCCUCCCACCUUCACGCACCGGGCCACAGAGCUUCAGAAUCACGGGCUGCCGGGAGGAAAGCUGGUCCCGAUCACUGUGCCUGGGGCUGCCUCCUGUCCUGUCUACAGGCCUUCCCUAGCUCCAGGCUCUGCUCUUCCUCGGCGCUUGCUGGCUCCUCAAAGGAUGUUUGCUCCAGGGCUGAGCCACUGGUUCGCUCCCUCUCUCCCUCCCUUCCUGACUGAGAGCCCGAAGGCCAGUGUUAGCCUGUUGUACAGUGUGGAUUCCUGUCUGCAGUUGGCUGCUGGGCGGAACACCAACCUCAUCCUACAGCACUACAACUAUACCGGGAAGCUAAGCAGCCGGCGGCCCCAGCAGGAUGGGAUGGGCCUUCUCAAGGUGGUCUUCAUCACCAUCAGCUGCCUCAUUGUGGUGGAGAACCUCCUGGUGCUGCUGGCCAUUGUGAGGAGCCUGCGGGCACGGCGGUGGGUCUACUCCUGCAUCGCCAGCAUCACGGUGAGCGACCUGCUGGCCGGCGUGGCCUAUGUCUGCAACCUCUGCCUGUCGGGCAGCAGGACCUUCCACCUGACGCCCGAGCUGUGGUUCCUGCGGGAGGGCGUACUCUUCAUCGCCCUGGCCGCCUCCACCUUCAGCCUGCUGGUGACGGCAGUGGAGCGCUACAGCACCAUGGUGAGGCCUAUCGCCGAGAACGAGGCCAGCAAGACCUUACGCCUGCGCAGCCUCAUCGUCUCCUGCUGGGCCCUGGCUAUCCUCAUUGGGAUGCUGCCCCUGCUGGGCUGGAACUGCCUGUGUGACUUCCCCAGCUGCUCCACACUGCUGCCCCUCUACUCGAAGAAAUACAUCCUCUUCUGUGUGGUCAUGUUCAGUAUGAUCCUGCUGGGCAUCAUCGGUCUCUACGCCUCCAUCUACCACCUGGUACGGGCCAGCUCCCAGCAGGCCAUCACCCGACACAGCCGCAAGAGAUCCCUGCGGCUGCUCAAGACUGUCCUGAUGAUUCUGGGAGCCUUCAUCAUCUGCUGGAGUCCGCUCUUUGCCUUGCUGCUCCUAGAUGUCUUCUGCGAGUCCCCGGCCUGCAAGCACCUGCAGGGCAUGAACUGGGCCCUGGCACUGGCCGUGCUCAACUCAGCCAUCAACCCGAUCAUCUACUCCUUCCGCAGCCCGGAGGUGCGCCGGGCCGUGGUCUGCUUCCUCUGCUGUUGCUGCAUCCGUCUCGGGAUCCGGGGACCUGGGGACUGUUUGAUCAUUGCCGACAUCAACUCGGGAUCCUCUACCGAGAGCUCCCUGCGAAUCCGAGAGAGCUUCCGCAGCUCCGUGGCCCUCAACGCCCGGGCCCGGCCUCGGGAGCCUCUCUCCAGCAACUCCAGCAUGAUGAGCAACCUUCCCAGUAACUGAGGGGGCCUGCUCCUGGGGACUUGCUAUCACAGCUUCGGACUGGCUGUCAGGAAUAAGGCCGAGCAGCUGCACCUGCUCGGGCUUCUCAUAGGCUUAUGGGAACAGCUGGGCGGCGUUAGUCCGCCUCAGACUGCCCUACCUGAAGAAGCUAGUAGCAGAAAUUAUGCUGGCUGCUCAAAACAUUUACCAUGACCACAGUAAUGUCUUGUCCCUGCUUCUGCCCAACCUCCCUCUCUCACUCACUCCAGAUGGCUUGGCUCUAGCUCUGGCUCUGACUCUGGUUCCAAUCCCGAGAUCUGACUCCUUCUGUGACCCUUAGUUCUGGCCACUGACUCCAGCUGCUCUAACCACUAGGAAGAGCCACCACUGUUCCCACUAACCUUUCCCAUCCGUGUGUGGAAUAAAUUUUAUGUGCACUGAGGCAUGUGUGAUGUGCACCACCUGGAGAAACACCAUGCUAGCUGUGCGAGGUCUGCUAAUCAGCUGGACAGCAUUUGAAUCUCUCCUGAGCAGCAGCACAAACGCACAGUUUACAGGGAACACUGAUGGCCAUUGGCCACCCAUCUGGGGAACUUGCUUUGAGAAGAUGUGGGGGGUUUAAGAGAUGCCUGUGGAGAACUAUUUGUGGUUAGAGCUGGUGCUGGGGGGAGUCUGACACCCCCAGACGUGGGUUCAGCACAGUGCUAGCCUGACCCAGCUGCUGAGUGCAACUGUGGCAAAGUCACUCCUCGUCCCAUGCGUGUGCUCUGGUGUGUCAGGUGCCGGCUGGGCCAUUCUUUCAGUGUGUCAGGGGUGUGCAUGCAGCAGUUGGUAGGACGCUGCUUCUGGGUGCAUGUUGUGCCCACAGCUCUGGGGCGGACAUGCUGGAGGUGCGGAUGCAUAAAGCCCAGGAGCAAAGUGCAGCUUGCUUGGUCACAGACUGGCGAGCAGUGACUCCCCCUCCCUGUGAUGCAGCUUAGCUGAUGGACCGUGGGCACUCUGCUGCUGGGGAGACAAGCUGUGCAGCGAUUCCUGGCUGAUGGAACCCCACAGCCAGAGCCCAGGCACCAGGCAGGGCAGCUGAAUGGAACGUAGCAGCCACCUAGGUGCAGCCCUAGAUUCAUGGCAGGCAGCCAGUAAAUCUAGGAGGGUCAACCACCCCUGGCAGGGGCAUAGCUGAAGCUACUGGCCUGACUCCAUUCCAGUGGGCCUGGUGCUGUGCCAGGCAUCUGGUGCAUGCGUCACAGCCCUGGCAACAGUGACUUACAGGCCUGCUGUGUCUCCGUCCCACGGCAUAUGGUGUCUCUGCAGUUAGGGGCCUGGCAACAUUGUAGGCUGCCUGGGCAGCCCACCAUGAAUCCCAGGCCUGCUGCAUUUGUGUGCAAAGCUGGCUGGCAGCAGUAACAGCCCUGGCACAGAACCAGGGUAGGAGUGGGGGAUGGUGCGUCUGUCACUGUAAAAGUCCUGCCUGGGGCAUGUGCAUUUAGAGAGGUCGGGCAUUCAUCCAGCACACCUGCCAGCCUGCACUGCUCAGCUAGACCUGAGGGGAGAACUAGCUCUGAGCACAGUGGAGGAGCUUGAGGGAUGGGCAGGGCCCUUUCCCCCUGGAGUUCAGUGGGCUUUGGAUCGGGCCCUUAGGGACGCGGCUCCAUUUCCCCUUCCUCUCCAACCUGGUAUGGAAAUGACAGUGAAUGCAAUGCUGCCUCUUUCCAGGAACCUUUUGCAAACAAGGUUUUGCAACAUGCCACUUACAAGACGUGGUGCGAUAACUGAGAGCUGAGUCUGUAGCACCAUCGCAUCCUGGAGAGCGAGAGCGAGAGAGUGUGUGGCCCAGAUCUUGUGAUCCCUUGUGUAGGGCAAGGAUUCCCAAGAAAUAGAGAGCUAUGCUGGACCCAAUCCUUGAGGUCUUUACUCCCCUCUCAAUAGGAAUUUGCCUGUAAGAAGAUGAUUUCCCCAGGUAAUGUAUUUGAUCUCCCAAUAGGCCAGUCCCCAAGCUACCAAGUGGAAAAGGAGGCUCUAGGUCACUGCUUGGGAUAGUAGGAGUCAGGAUGGUUGGGUUCUAACAUACAACCCUUGAGCCAUAUCACCCUCUUCCCUUAUAACAGUGAGGAAGCUGGAGACUGCAUUAGCUUCACUGCUGCCUGGGUGUCUUGAAUAGCCCACUGAAAGUGGCCUAUUGCUAGUGUUCCCUCUCAUUUUUUUCCACCCACGUGUGGAAUAAAUUUUGUUCUGUGCACCAAGGCAAGUGCACCGCCGAUAGAACACAGACUCCUGGCUUUGGGCACUCUGCUAAUCAGCUUGGCAGCACCCGAAUCUCUCCUGGGUAUUCAGCUUACAGGGAACACUGCCUACUGGUGCUUUCUACUCCUGUGCUGUCUCUGACCAUUUGCCUGUCACUUAGGCCUCUAGCCUUGAUGGUUAAGCCAGGGCCUUGCUGGGAAUGGCAUGGGACAGGUGGUGCCACGUGGACACAGCAUGAUGGGAUGGUGCUAGCAGAGGGUGGCAAGACU